AUGCGUGCCUCUACUCUCCUCGCCCUCAUGCCUCUGGCCAUGGCCGCCCCCUCUUCCGUCAGACAGCGUGACUCUCCCGCUCCUCUCAUCCUCCCCCGUGGUGCCGACGCCAUUCCCGGCAAGUACAUCGUGAAGCUGGUUCCCCAGAAGCAGUCCUCCAGCUUCUCCAUCUCCUCUGCCAUCAGCUCCAUCAAGGCCAAUGCCGACUACACCUACGGCACCCACUUCCACGGUUUCGCUGCCUCCCUCGAGGACGAUGAGCUUGACAACCUCCGAAACAACCCCGACGUCUUGUACGUCGAGCAGGACUCCAUCGUGAAGAUCUCCGCCACCCAGCCCAACGCUCCUUGGGGCCUGGCCCGUAUCUCCAACUCUGGCACCAACAGCACCAGCACCACCUACACCUACGACGAUACUGCUGGUGCCGGCACCUGCGCCUACAUUGUCGAUACCGGUAUCGACACCGAGCACGAAGACUUCGAGGGCCGUGCCACCUGGGCCGAGAACUUCGUCGACAGCAGCAACACUGACGGUCAGGGCCACGGCAGCCACGUUGCCGGCACUGUCGGUGGCGCCAAGUACGGCGUUGCUAAGAAGACCUCUCUCUUCGCCGUCAAGGUCCUCGGUAACGACGGCUCUGGUACCACCUCCGGUGUUGUCGCUGGUAUGGAAUUCGUCGUCGAGGAUGCCCCCAAGAAGGACUGCCCCAAGGGCGUCGUCGUCAACAUGUCCCUCGGCGGCGGCUUCUCCCAGGCCCUCAACGACGCCGCCGACGCCAUCACCAAGGCCGGCAUCUUCCUCGCCGUCGCCGCCGGCAACGAGGGCGCCGAUGCCAGCACCUCCUCCCCCGCCUCCGCCGAGAGCGCCUGCACCGUCGGUGCCACCGACAAAACCGACGGCUUCGCCAGCUUCUCCAACUUUGGCGAGCUCGUCGACGUCCUCGCCCCCGGUGUUGCCAUCGAGUCCGUCAAGGUCGGAGGCGGCUCUACCUCCCUCUCCGGAACCUCCAUGGCCUCCCCCCACGUCGCCGGUCUCGCCGCCUACCUCCUCGGCAACGGCGCCUCCGCCUCCGGUCUCUGCGAGACCAUUGCCUCCUCCGCUCUUAAGAAUGUUAUCAAGAAGGUCCCCAGCGGCACCAAGAACCUGCUCAUCAACAACGGCGCAUAA